AUGCCUUCAUCUACUGUGCCAUACGGCCACUGGAAAAGUCCACUGACACCAGAGUUGUUGGCAGACAGCAGCAUCUCGCUCCAUGAAGUUGUGGUCAAUGAAUCCACCGGUGCCAUUUACUCCGUUGAAUGCCGUCCGACUGAGAACGCUCGAUAUGUGAUUGUAGAGCAUCGCAAUGGCCAGCGUCGAGAUGUUCUGCUCAAAGAAUUCAGUGCCCAUGCGACAGUGCAGGAACUCGGCGGUGGCUCAAUCGCGAUCAACCUGGAUGGACACAUUAUCUUCUUCGACGAUAUUUCCAAGAAUGUUUACAAACUCGACCCUCUCUCUGGACAAACGACUGUGAUUCGUGCAGCAGUCAAAGGCAUACGAUAUGCUGAUUUCUGCUGCCAUCCACGAGAUACACGGUGGAUUCUUGCAGCCAAAGAAGAUCAUCGCAAUGCAACCCCAGAGACACAAGCAUAUGAUGUGAACAAUCUGCUUGUAGCUAUUGAUAUUCUCACUGGAGAAGAGACAAUGAUUGCCGAAGGAGAUCACUUCUACUCGCAUCCCAAGUUCGAUCCCUCUGGAAGAUACGUGUCUUGGAUUCAAUGGUCCCAUCCGGAUAUGCCCUGGACAGGAACAGUCCUGUAUUUUGGAGAAUGGCAGAAUGCAACAUUGCUGAAUGUAACCAGACUUGCUGGAAAGGCUCGAGAAGAAAGCAUCGCGCAGCCCAAGUGGGGAUUGGAUGGCAGACUGUAUUUUGCCAGCGACAAGACGGGAUUCUGGCAAUUAUACAGCUUCAACCUGGUUGACCGUCAAUUGCAUUCACUGUCGAUCCCAGGUCUUGAACAGGCUGAUUUCGCCAUCGCUGAAUGGAUGCUUGGGUGCUCGACAUUUAUAUUUCUGGAUGAAUCCACGAUUGCAGCAGCAGUCAUUGUCAACGCCACCAGUAAGAUCGUGCUGAUCGACACAAAAACAUUGACAUUUCGAGAACUGGAACUGCCAUAUUUGGAUCUAGUCAAUCCGGGAAAUGGCAUCCAUCGCGUUUCCAAGUCGAGAUUUGCAGUCGUUGGCUCUUCAUCCACUACCCCGAAAGAACUGGCGAUAGUUUCAAUCCUGCCCGACUUCGACGUGCAGAAAACAGUGCUUACUUCCAUCUCAUCGUUUGAGCUGCCCUCCGAAUACGUCUCUCAAGCAGAACAUCUUACGGCUCCUCAGAAGCAUGGACCGCUUCGUGAUGGCAACGUCCAUCUGUUCUAUUUCCCCCCUCAAAACCCCGACUUCGUGGCUGAUAGUCAAACCCUUCCACCCCUUCUGGUCUACGCUCAUGGCGGUCCGAAUGGAUGCACAACGCCUGCUCUAGACUUGACCAUACAGUACUGGACUUCCCGUGGCUUUGCUCUUUGUGCCGUCAAUUAUACGGGUUCAACUGGGUUUGGGCGUGACUAUCGGGAACGACUGUCGGGCUACUGGGGCGAAGUCGAUAUUGCAGAUAUUGUCAGUGCAGUUGACUUCCUCGUAGGACGGGGAUUGAUUGACGAAACCCACGUUGGCCUGUAUGGCCGCAGUGCCGGUGGAUAUGCUACCCUGCAGGCUCUUCAUGUAUAUCCGGAUGUUUGGGCGGCUGGAGUGAGUUGGUUUGGUAUCAGCAACGUCAGAGCUUUGCAGGCAGACUCGUACAAGUUCGAAAGUCAGGAUGUCGACCGAUUGCUAUUAGGAGAGACCGAACAGCAGGAUCGAGAGAAAAAACUGACCACUCUCAGCCCGUGCAGUCAUGCAGAAAAGAUCAAAGCACCAUUACUUCUGCUGCAGGGCACGGCUGAUCAAGUGGUCCCUGUCGAACAAGCCCGAAUGAUGGCUCAUGCUAUGCAUGAUCAAGGCCGUGUCGCAGAAGUGGUCGAAUUCGAAGGCGAAGGACACGGAUGGGUUGGGCGAGAAGCCAUUCACCAGUCGUUUGAGCGACAGGAGCAAUGGUGGAAGCGUUAUUUGACUUAG